AUGCAUCACCACCAUGAGUUACUACUCAUAACGAACAAAAUCAAAAAGUUUUCAUCGCUUUCAGCCUAUACGGCACGAUUUGCUGCACGAUUGAAAUUCAGCAUGCACACAUUUUCCACAUUACCCGUCGAAAUUCUCCAUCGAAUUAUGGAUCAUCAAAAUGAGCAGACACUAUUUUGUUCAAUGCACAACGUUUGUCGAAGGCUCAAUGAGAUCCUGAGCUCUUACGAGCGAUAUCGAACACUCACCAAACUAGAUCUCAGCAGUAACCGAAUCGGUGCUGAAGGAACACGACACAUUGGAGACGCGUUGCCAACGAACAUGACACUCACCAAACUAGAUCUCAGCAGUAACCAAAUCGGUGCUGAAGGAACACGACACAUUGGAGACGCGUUGCCAACGAACAUGACACUCACCAAACUAGAUCUCAGCAGUAACCAAAUCGGUGCUGAAGGAGCACGACACAUUGGAGACGCGUUGCCAACGAACAUGACACUCACAAAACUAGAUCUCAGCAGUAACCAAAUCGGUGCUGAAGGAGCACAACUCAUUGAGGACGCGUUGGAUCGGAAUGCAAGCGUCAAUAUGGUGUAG